CCGCGGCACCCCCACCGACACGCGAUUAUCUCGCCUAACUGGACGACAGAUUCACAAACCCCAGCAAUUGCGCCGGCCGCAGGUGAAAUCUCCAAUUGACUGCGGCGCACCAUUGUUACCCGCACACGGCGCCCAAGCCUGAGAUGGAUGCGCUUCAGCCGAAGGUCGACUCCAUUACCCGGGAGGUGGGCGAGAUCAGCAGUGUUCUGAGAAGCUAUCUUGAACACGGCCUCACCUACGGUCGCAAAGUGCAGCCACCGAAGACGAAGGCAGGACGGGACCUGCUACAACACCUACUGGGUCGAAUUGACCAGGUCUCCAUCGGCCUAGUUGAUAUCUGUAAUCUGGCCGCGCCGCGCACCUUACCCUCACCGCCAGCGGUCCACGAGUCGGUCAAGUCUUCAUCACACACCCCUAUCACCACUCAGCAGAUUUCAGAUCGCGCCGAACCAGCCAAGGAGCAAGCACCCCAGGUCGGAAGUGUGACGUCUUCAUCACAUACCCUUAUUCCCACACAACAGACCUCAGCUCCCGCCGAAGCCGCCAAGGAGCAAACACACCAGGUCGAAAGUGUCACUUCUUCAUCUCAUACCCCUAUCGUCAUACAGCAGAAUUUACCGUGCGCUGAACCAGCCAAGGAGCAAACACCUCAGGCCGAGAAUGCCAGCAGCGACCGCGAGCCAACAUCAGCGCAUCUGCCUUUGGACGCCGAGCCAAAGUCGGAGUUGCCCACACCUGGCGCAACGGCCCCCUCUGCCGGCACACCAAGCCCUCACGCCGCACCUCAGGCCUCAAACGGCAUCAGGUUGAGCGAUGGCUCCGUCUACCAGACUCCGGUACUGUCUGAACAUGCGUCUCCGCUCUUCGACUGCACUUACCAAGACAUCCACAACCUGAAUGAGGAACUCUUUGAACUUUACUCCAGCCACCCUGUCGUGCGAGACCGAGGUUACUUCAAGCUGCAAGUCCGAGAACUCCCACCUCUCAACGUGCAGAAGGUGGCUCGCCCAACCAAGAACCAUGCCACUUCAUUCACUUACAAGGCCGACAAAGUGGGUCUUGUCAAGGUCGAUACCGGCAAGAGGGCCAGGUUCUCUUCGCCGAAACUGCCCCUUCCCGUGACUGAUCAGAUCGACUGGUCGUUGGAAGAGCAACGGCGUCUAUGGAAUAACUCAGCAAAAGAGCCUCCAAAGGGGUCCCGACCAUAUAUCAUUGGCAAUCCGCUUUUCGAAGAUGUCGAGCUUUCUCCCGGCGAGAAGCUGCGGCGUAGAGGCCGCGCCAUUCUUGAAGGUAUCAACACUCAGUAUGUUUACUUCAACCUUAAGGGCAAAACAAUCACGACGAUGCACAGGGAGGAUGCCCAUGUUCGGUCGGAGAACCUCCUCCGCUCCGGGCAGCACAAGUUCUGGUGCUUCGUCAAGCCUGCUUUCGCCAAGAAACUGGAAGAGAGGAUGGCACUCGAGUAUCCUGAGAUGCGCCGUUGUUCACAAGCCGUGAGGCAUCUCAGCCGGCACAUUCCUCCAGAAAAGCUGGACGAGUGGGGAAUCGAGUACACGCUGGAUUACUGCGCACCCGGGCAAGCCGUCGUGACGGAGCCAGGUACAUAUCACCAGGUUCUAAACCUUGGGCCCAACUACGCCAUCGCCAUCAAUCUAGAGUACAAAUCAUCCCCGGAUAUGCCUGCCGAUUAUCGGUUCUGCAAUAAGAACUGCCCUGACAAGUUCGCCAUCUCUGCAGACGACUUCCGGAUAUAUGAAACCCCCCCGCCGCAGCCGGGAGAGGAGCACUUACCGCACACCCCUGAGACGACGUGCUUACAAGAGCGCCAUGCAACGGUGCCAGAUGCUGUCGCGCCAUUGAGCCCUGAGGCCACAGUCUCACAACCUACACAGUCGGCAACACCGCUCCCUGAAAAGGCGGCAUCGGAUACGCAUAACCCACUAGAGUCACAGGCCGUGCGGCCUGCACCUCAGUUACCACAGGAAACAAAUGCGGAAGGACAAGAGGAGCAGCUCUCGGAAGAACCUCUGAAAAGGACCGAAUCACCUGCUCGGCCGCCACUUCCAGCCAACGCCGUGCAACCGCAACAAUUGCAGCAGUCGCACGUGAUGUCCGCAACUGCUCCGACUCCGGGACUGAUUAAUACAUCUGAGUCUGGAUCCGUGGAGCAGGCGAGCCCGCCGGGGCAGCGGCUUCCUCUGCAGGAGCCUCUACCCGCCCUGCUUGAGGCAGCGGCGACUGCAACGACUCAGCGACCUGACGUUGUUAUGCAGCCACAAACCCAUCUCCCAGAAGCCGCCGCGCGUUCCAUGCAGAUCCAACCCCAAGCCCACCCGGUUAUUCAACGGCACCCUAAACAAGGUCUCAACUCUCCGCUGGUGGGGGCAUUGCCACCGAUCCGCAAGACAGCGAGGAUGAUCAACUCAAAAAGAGAGCUCGACAUGUCGACGGAGAGGCCCUCAAAGAAGCGAAAAAUAGAGCUGCCGCCUACUCCGCCUGCUCAAGAGAUCCCCGACAAAGGCGCAGUGGAGCAUGUUUUCGCCCUGCUUCGAGGCCGUGAGGCUGUCCCGGAUGGAAGUGUGAUCGCCGACGAGCUUUCGAGCAAGCUAGGAUUUGACCGGCUCUCACUCUUGGUUCGAGAAUGGAAACAGUACUCCAAAUCAAAGCCAAUGGUAUCCGGCGGAUUUGAGCUUGUUAGGUCGGUAGAGGGGCCGAUGCACGGCUACCCGGAACUGCACACCUUCCUGUCGCGAUUUUGUAGGAUGCAAGUCGAACGAUCUUUUGAAAGAGCCGCGGCGGGAGUGGAAGGCUCACAACAUCAGCUCGUGGACGAAUUGUUGCAACUGCUCGAAUGGGACGAAACGAAACGAGAGGAUCUACAUGAUUACUUGCGUGAAGGCCGGUGUUGGAGGAAUAUUUGUGGAAACGAUGACGGUCUGCUCUGCCUCCUCCCCCUCGAAAAGGAUUGCAUCGAUCUCGCAUUGUUCAAGGACGAACUUGCGUCUUUCCACUCGAAACUCGACAUCGAGUAUGUGCAUAAGUUGUCCGCUAUCGGCAACAUGCUGCAGAAGUCGAUAUGGGAGUGCUUAGAACUUCCGGAGUUCAUCUGGGAAAGUACAGACACCACAGGGCUUACCGCGGACCUGAUCGCCCCUCUCCUGGAGCCAUUCCGCAUCAUCAAGUCGUGCUAUUACAACGAAGGCAAGGCGUCUUAUUGGUUGCGCCCAGCCGGAUGGCGUUGGCAUUGGCCGGCGGAUCCCAGUGUUGUUAUGCCGGGCGACCGGCCCUGCGAUCUCUGCACAAGCAAGUCCUGUCGCUGCGCCGAGACCAGAAUCCCGCGAAUCCCCCGCAUCUCGGACGACGGAUCAAAAGGGACUGGCAUCCGCUCGGUGGGCCCUUACAAAACACACGACAUCCUCGGCGAGUUGGUUGGCGAGCUGGUGCCGCUGGGUGCUUGCGCUGGCGACUGGACGAUGACCCUCUGCCGCCCGGACCUGGAUGACGAGCCGGUAGCGGAUAUCUACCCUAGACGGAUGGGCAACUGGGUGCGGAAGGUGAACCACAGUACAAAUCCCUCUGCCGCAUUCAUGGUGAUGAAAAUCUCUGGGCGGUGGAGGCAGAUGCUUGUGGCGAUAAGGGACAUCGGGGAUGGUGAAGAGAUCACGGCAAAAUAUGGGAGAGGCUUCUUCAAGAGGCAGCCCUAUUCUCUUGUGGAGGGGCUUCAUUAAUCCGAUCAGAAUCGUCUUCGGGACGAUAUGCAUUUCAACCUCGGCCUGCAGGGGAUGCGGCGGGGAUAGAAUGAGCUGCUUGUCCGCGCUGUCUUGCUAUAUUCAAGGCCGCUUCCGGCGGGGGGUUGCUUGCUUUCCUUGUUUGACUCUUUCCAUUUGGGUGUCUCAUUCUUACACACUCUCUUCUGACCUCGGGUGGUAAGAAGCUGGGCUCCCACCAGGCUGAGGACCUGGUAUCAUUAAGUGAAUAGGUUUAGGUGGUCAUGGCUAGGAUGGGGAUGGAAAACAGCUAAAUAGGAUAUGAAUAGUUGCUAAUUACUUAGCGGUACACAUAGCAUUCUGUAAGAACAGCUUUAUAACAUGAUACAGCAUCGAGAUGCCAUACAGCUUGA